AAUGAGCUUCUCAACCUCAAGUAUUUACAACUAAAGACAAUGAUUAAAGCAAGCCAAACACAUUUAUCAACCAAGUUUCUUGCUAGAGAAGGAGAAAAGAAAGAUAGAGACACCUCAUAAAAGAUAAAAUGUAGCAAAGUGGAACUUAUAUAUAAGAUAAAGACUUGACUAUCUACUUGUGGCAACUUAUAUAUUACUUUGACAACAAAACUUUGAUAUUUCUCUUCUUUGCAAAUUUGUCCACAUAGGAUUCUUAGAAUUCUAAAGAAACAUAGCUUCAAGGAAGAUGAGAAUGGUAUGAACUUUGAAUAGUUUUGCAUGGCUAGCCAAAGAAUUGGAGAAAUUGGUUCGUCUGAGUCAGAACCUUCAAGUCAACAUGUCCCUUAUGGAGUUCUUCAUGGAAUUACUACCUCAACAUCAAGCUUAAUGAAUCAAGGGUCUUCUUUUGAUUUUGGAGAGCUUGAAGAAGCAAUUGUUCUACAAGGAAUUAAGAUUAGAAAUGAUGAAGGAAAAGCAUCUUUAUUCACAAGCAAGCCAGCAGCUACACUUGAAAUGUUCCCUUCAUGGCCAAUUAGAUUUCAACAAACACCAAGACUUGUAGCUUCUCUCACUUCUCCAUCUUUGACCAAUCCAUAUGGUGGAUCAAAAUCAGGAGGGGAAAGCACUGAUUCAGGAUCAACAGAGUUACAGUUUGAUACAGAUUCUCCAAUAAGUGUAAAAGCAUCUUCUUCAGAUCAUCAAAAUCGUGCUUUUGAUCAGAUUCAACAACAGGAGACAGCAACUAAUGAUGUCUUAAGAACAGAAACAUCACAGAAUCAAUCAACAGCUAAAUCAUAUCAGGAAAAGAAGAAAGGAGCUAGUUCCACAUCAGAAAAGACACUUGAUCCAAAGACACUGAGACGUUUGGCACAAAACAGAGAAGCUGCAAAAAAAAGCCGUCUAAGGAAAAAGGCUUAUGUACAGCAGUUAGAGACAAGUAGAUUAAGGCUAGCCAAUCUGGAGCAAGACCUUCAAAGAGCACGUUCUCAAGGACUGUUCAUGGGUUGUGGUGGCAAUACAAGCCCUGGUAAGCCUGGAGCUGCAAUAUUUGACAUGGAGUAUGCAAGAUGGGUGGAAGAAGAUGAACGACAGUUGGUGGAGGUUAGAAACGGGCUACAGGGGGCAUUGACGGAUAAUGAAUUGAGAGUGAUAGUGGAGGGAUAUUUGUGUCAUUACGACGAGCUUUUCCAAUUGAAAGGUGUGGCAGUUCAUUCAGAUGUAUUUCACCUCAUUAAUGGCAUUUGGACUUCUCCUGCUGAGAGACCCUUCCUUUGGAUUGGAGGUUUCAGACCCUCAGACCUCAUCACAAUGUUGAUGCAACAAUUGGAACCCCUAGCAGAGCAACAAAUGGUAGGGAUAUGUGAGCUAAGACACUCAUCACAUCAAGCUGAAGAUGCUCUCACUCAAGGCCAUGAACAACUCCAACACUCUAUAGUUCACACCAUCGCCGGAGGUCCCGUCGUCGAUGGUGUGCAACAGAUGGUCGCCGCCAUGGCCAAGAUUUCCAGCCUUGAAGGAUUUGUCCGUCAGGGUGAUAAUUUGAGACAACAAAGCCUUCACCAACUAUGUAGAAUAUUAACUGUUCGUCAAGCAGCUAGAUGUUUUCUUAUUAUUGGAGAAUAUUAUGGUCGUCUUCGAGCCCUAAGUUCACUUUGGACUUCAAGACCACGAGAGACUUUGAUCACCGAUGACAACUCAUGCCAAGCAACUACGGAAUUGCAAAUGCUUCAACCUUCUCAUAGUCAUUUCUCAAGUUUCUGAUAUAUACUAUUUAAUAUAUGUAAUUCAUACUAAUAUUAAUACUAAUUAUUAGUUAAUUAGUCUAAAAGAUGCUUUUGCAAGUUGAUAUAUCUUAAGGCUGCUUUAGAAGGAAAGGGUGUGUCUCAGCUUCAUCAAGAAGAAUAUAUAUUUAUUUAUUUUCUA